UGAAAGUCGCUCGGAGCAAAAAUGUUUCCCAGGGUCUGCCUUCUCGUGCUCAGACGCUGAUCGCUCCACCAGGGACGAUUUCACAAGGAUCUCUUGCUCAAAGCCAUGCUGAAUCUUAGAGGCUGACGACAGCGACAGAUUAUAGAAUAAUCGCUCUUAUUCCAGCGCCGAAGUAGUUUUUUUUUUCCCCUUAAACACAAAGGAACCAGGAUGCCCGUGAAAGGUGGAGGAGUUGCUUAUCCGAAUAAAAGCGAGAAUGUUAGCUCAGGAAUGGAGGAGACGGUUUGGGAGCAGUACACUGUGACUCUACAGCGGGAUGCUAAGAUGGGCUUUGGAAUUGCUGUGUCCGGCGGCCGGGACAAUCCAAACGUGGAGAGCGGGGAGACGUCCAUCAUCGUGUCAGACGUGCUGCCAGGAGGACCGGCCGAUGGACUGCUCUUUGAGAACGACCGUGUGAUACAGGUCAACACCAUCGCCAUGAAUAAUGUGCCUCAUUCUUUCGCUGUGCAGUCACUUCGGAAAUGUGGGAAAGUGGCCAAAAUAACUGUUAAAAGGCCUCGCAAGGUGGCUGUCCUCAAGCGCCCGCCGUCCCCGAGCGGGGAUAGCCGUGAUUACAACAUAUCCAGUUAUUAUCCUGAGGACAGCCGCAGUGUGCACAGUGACCCAGACUCGGAUUACCCUCGGGGAAACGGCGGUCUGGGCUACCCCCGUGACCGAGAGCGUGACCGCAGCCUCGACAAGAGUCGGAUAGACUACCUGGAUCCGGAUUACCGCAGCCAGGACUACGAUUCCCGGCGCGAGCGGAGCCGAGGCAGGAGCACAGAUAGAUCCCCCAGCACUGACAGCGGGUACCGGAGGGACGGCAGCAGGGGCCGGACGCUGGAGCGCGGGUCUAGCCCGGAGCCUCGAUAUCAACGGCAGCACAGCAGAGGCCGUGGUGGAGGAAGCCCUGCUGGAAGCUAUGGCCGGGACCAGGGCUAUGACACACGGAGGUAUGACACGCAGGACAGGAUGAUCAGAAGUCACAGCAGGGACCGGUUGCAGGAUCACUCGCCCUCACCCAGCAGAGAGCGGGACAGAGGAAGAGACCGGUUUAACUAUGAGCCCCUGGAGCCACCCGUCAAUGUGACGCUGGUCAAAAACAGGCCCAAUGAAGAGUACGGCCUCCGCCUGGGCAGCCAGAUCUUCAUCAAAGAGAUGACCAGCACUGGACUUGCUGCCCGAGAUGGAAAUCUCCAGGAGGGUGAUAUCAUUCUCAAGAUCAACGGGACGGUCACCGAAAAUCUGUCUCUGAGUGACGCCGGCAAACUGAUCGAGAAAUCCAGAGGCAAACUUCAGCUGGUGGUCCAGAGAGACCAGCGGCAGAUCCUGGUGCGCAUCCCUGCACUCGCCGACAGCGACUCCGAGCCGGACGAUAUUUCAGAGAUGGAGUCGUACCAUUCCUACUCACCUCAAGAUGACCAAAGGUCACGCCAAUCUGACCUCUCCUCACACUCAUCCAAUGACGUGGCACGAGAGAACACCAGGGAGGAUCCUCAAAGCAGACUGUCAAAAUCCCCUGUUACUUCUUCUCCAUACAAAACUGUAGAGGAGCCACAUCCAGCCCAGGAGGAGAGAGUAGAACCGCAGGAAGAAGAGCCACCACCACCGCCACCACCACCACCAGCAAUAAAGACAACACCCAAGAUCCUGCUCAGACCGAGCCCAGAGGAUGAGGCCAUUUACGGGCCCAACACUGUGAUGGUGAGCUUUCAGAAAGGAGAGAGUGUUGGCCUGAGGUUGGCUGGAGGAAAUGAUGUGGGAAUCUUCAUCGCGGGAGUGCAGGAGGGCAGUCCAGCUGAAGAAGAGGGUCUGCGUGUAGGAGAUCAGAUCAUGAAGGUGAAUAAUGUUGACUUUCGGGGAAUUGUGCGAGAGGAGGCUGUGCUGUUCCUGCUGGAGAUCCCGCGGGGUGAAGUCGUCACCAUUUUGGCACAGAAUAAAACUGAAGUUUAUGAAGACAUCUUGGUGUCCGGUCGAGGAGAUUCGUUUUUUAUCCGGACUCAUUUUGAAUAUGAGAAAGAGCUUCCUCAGUGUCACGCUUUCUCCCGGGGAGAGAUCUUCAAGGUGGUGGACACUUUAUAUGACGGCAAGCUGGGAAACUGGCUGGCCAUCCGACUGGGCAAAGACAACCAGCUGCUGGAGAAGGGCAUCAUUCCUAAUAAGAGCAGAGCGGAGCAGAUGGCUAACGUCCAGAACACACACAAGGGCUCCGGCAGUGACAGAGCAGAUUUCUGGAGGCUGCGAGGUCAGAGAGCGGCUAAGAAAAAGGACCUGCGGAAGAGCCGAGAGGAGAGUUCAGCAGCCGUCGCCACCAGAUUCCCAGCCUACGAGAGGGUGGUGCUGAGAGAAGCGGGUUUCCGGAGACCAGUUGUGCUGUUUGGACCCAUCGCGGAUGCUGCUAGUGAAAAACUGGCCUCAGAGCUUCCAGACGAGUUUGUCGUGGCCAAAACAGAACCCAAAGACGCAGGCUCAGAAAAAUCCUCUGGGGUGGUUCGUCUCAACACUAUUCGACAGAUCAUCGAACAGGACAAGCACGCUCUGCUGGACGUCACUCCUAAAGCUGUGGACACCCUGAACUACACACAGUGGUACCCAAUUGUGAUGUUCUUCAACCCAGACAGCAAACACGGAGUGAAGGCCAUGAGGCAGCGAGUCAUCCCCAGCUCAAACCGCAGUGCCCGCAAACUCUACGACCAGGCUCUGAAGCUCAGGAAAACCUGCUCGCACCUGUUUACCGCUGUUAUCGAUCUGAACUCGGCUAAUGAUGCUUGGUAUGGCAGUCUGAAGGAGGCCAUCAGAGAGCAGCAGAGCCUCGCUGUGUGGGUCUCAGAAGGGAAGCUGGACGGGACGGAGGGCGAUCUGGACGUUCAUGAUGACCGCAUGUCGUACCUGUCGGCCAUGAGCGCUGACUAUCUGAGCAUGGACAGUCGGAUGACCAGCGAUUACGACGACACUGCGGACGAGGGCGGCACAUACACCGAUAACGAGACCGACGAGCCACUGGACCGGCAGCGAGUGUCCGCCAUCAGCCGCUCCUCUGAGCCGGUCAUGCCAGAGGAGAUCCUCAGGAAGUCGAGUCCAGAGAUUCGAGGUCGAGCCCGCAGGAAGAACAGCAGAGAGAAGACGAGCGACUGCAGUCCUCCUGUAAUGUCCACAUUCCUGCCUGACCCUGCCAAGGUAAAAAUGCUGUCUCAAGUGGAGGUGCCUCGCGGCCAUUACGACCCCUCUCGAAACUUCGACUCUCGUUCAAGCAGUCCCGCGAGCAGCGAACAUCAGCGCAGCCUGGACUCUCCAGCAAAAGCCAAACCAGCACCUCCACCAACACCCCUGAAGCCUGCCCUCGUGUCCCGCAGCUCCAGAAGCCUCAUCAACAGUGAGCCCCCGGCCGACAGUCCUGAAGACCCCUCACAGAGGUCUUUCCUGGGCAAAGUCAAGGCCUUCGAGCAGAUGGAUCACUUCACCCGUUCACAGAGGGUUCUGGAGAUACAAGAGGCCCAGAACGCCAGGUUGGAGAUUGCUCAGAAACAUCCAGACAUAUAUGCUGUUCCCAUGAAGUCUCAGAAACUGGACCACAGUAGGCCACAACCUAUCGGCUCCAGUGCCCGUCCAGAGCCCCAGACGCCUCCUAGUAAGCUGCCCUACACAGAGAGCCGCGCGCUCGGCCUGAGCGAGGAGCCCGUGGAGGAGUUCAGACACCACCUAACUGAGCAGAGUAAACGCGGAUACUACACCUCCAGCUCCUCACAGAAGUAUCAGGACACUGAGCUGUAGAACUUCUGCUUCAGCUCCCGCACAGCUUCACCAUUCCACCCUGCACCAAAACCACUGCUGCUGACUUGGAGGUCCAGUUUGCUUUUUAAGUUCCUCACACGUCUUUUUCACUUCAGAGAAGUUCAACUUCUGUCCGUAUGGAUGGAGUCUUAUUGUUUUUUAUAUAUACAUACAUAUAUAUAUUUGCGUUAGUUUUGUUUCCAUACCUGUGAUUCUUGCCUAUGCAAUUUUUUCAGUUUCUGCAAAGCAACAGAAACGUCUCGCCACGAGUCUCUCUUCUCCCUCCGUCUGUCUUUGCUCCAUGAACACCCGUCGUGUGCUACAGACCAGCUUUUUGUUACUUUCUUUUUAUAAGCGAAACGGUUUUAAAACGUCACUCUCUUUAAGGUUUGUACUAUCUUUGCAUUCCCUCAUUUCUGUGUGUGUAUAUGACGUAAGACAAUAACACUGGAUUUUGUUACAACGUUUUUGAAGUGCCUUUUACUUUACGAAUAACGUCAGGAGGUUGGAGGACUUGACAAUCCAGCCCUCUGGACACUAAUUUUGCUGCUUACAGCUCCAAGGAAAAACAGGGAAAAGUCGUCACCAAAAACCCUUAACACCAUCCGGCCGUAUCCUCAGCAACGCCACAGCGGUGAUAAAGGGGACGCUUUGUGAAUCAGGCGGAUGCUGGUUGCUUGGAGUGAUUGGAAUUGCUGUUGUCACGGUUUGUCUUAUUUCAGCCCCACCGCAUUAUGUUUUUAACACGCUCGAUUGUACAUCGGUCCGCUUUACCUCCACGUAUCGGUUCAAAAGUGCUUCUGAAACUCGUGGAUUAUAUUUUGAUGGCUUCCACUGUGUGUGAGGGUCACGCGGCGAGAAAAUAUUCCCUGGACGUUUGCGUUCAGGUCUACUGUGGAAUUUCACUCUACUACACCAAAUAAAUAAACAAACUAUAUUGACA